AUGAGUGAUAAGCAGACUGCACCUAUUUUACCACCCCUUAAUGGGGGUGGAGGAAAUAAUGGGAGUAGCAAUGGAGGUGCAUCGCAACAAACUGUUAAUUUACAACAAGUUCUUGCUACUGCCCAAGGACUUAAUGUUCUUACUACAAGUGCUGGGCAGCAAUUUGUUAUUACUUCACAGGUUCCUGGUCUUACACAGGUUAUACCAAGUAAUUCAACAACAAAUGCAAAUAUUCAACAAGUUGGUGUUACAAGAAUUGUUAAUAUUAGUGGUACACCAUCACGGGCAAGUACCAUGGGACUUGCAGGUGCAAGUAAUUCAGCUCUUACAUCUCCCACUCGUCAGAGUUCACCUAAAGUUGUUUUAGCAACAUCUCCAAAACUUGUUCGAACUUCUAUUGGAAAUAUGUUUGUUGCACCAACCUCUCAAGCUUCUAUGCAAUCAUCACCUGCAAGAAAGAAGUUAAAGUUAACAGAUUCCACUGAAAAACCUACUAUGAUUGCUGAUGAUGCAAUGGGUUAUAGAAGAAGAAUUAUGGAACAUAAAAUGAAAAGGAUGCGUGCAAUAAGAGAAAAAUAUGCUGAAAAUGCAUCAGAAUUGUUCUUUCUUCAUAUAGGAGGCAAUAUGAUGGAUUUUCAGUCAUGGAGGAAGAGACCUCCAACAUCUCAAUAUUUGCAUUUUUUACGGCAACAUAGAUUAGAUCCAGAUGAUGAUGAUGAAGAUUUAACAGCCCCACUGCCAGCAAUGUCAGAAAUUCCAUUAAUGCCAACUGCAACAACUGUUUCUACAAUAGUUCCUGUGAAUCAGUGUACAGAAGUAAAAAUUUCUGGAAUAAAUGUUGCUCCAGUUGCAGUGUCUACAACAUUGCCUGCUGCAGUAGCUCAACUUAAUCAACAAGGACAUGUACCAGGUAGGCCUCAAGGGGGCCGCCAUGGCAUGGUAUUUGCCUUCCGAGCAGCAAUUCAGUCUUCACCAGUCACCGCUCACCCUCCACCUACUUCUACUCUAGCACCCACGCUCAUUAUAGGCAAUGCACCGAUAGUUCCAGGUUCGCCAAAAUCUGUGACAACAACUGUUAUAAAUCCAGUGAUAGAAAAAUCUACAAUAUCUACAUCUAUUACAACUAUUACUACAAUGACUACCCCUACUCUUACUUUUACUGGAACAACUACUACUACUGCUACUGUUACUACUGUUACAAAAACAUCUUCUGCGCCUACUACACCUACUCAGCCUGUUGUUAAACUUGUUAAGUUACCUGCCUCUAAUGUAGCUACAUCAUGUGAUAUCAUAAAUAAUCAAGAACAAAUAGUAGAAAAAGCAAAACAGGAAGCAUACGUUAUGCAAAGGAUUGCAGAAUUACAACGGGAAGGAUUAUGGUCAGAAAGAAGAUUGCCUAAGGUGCAAGAACCACCUCGUACAAAGGCUCAUUGGGAUUAUUUAUUAGAGGAAAUGGUUUGGUUAGCUGCUGACUUUGCUCAAGAACGAAAGUGGAAGAAAGCUGCAGCAAAGAAGUGUGCGCGUAUGGUACAGAAAUAUUUCCAAGAGAAAGCAAUCCAAGCACAAAAAGCUGAAAAAUCACAAGAACUUAGGUUAAAGAAAAUUGCUAGCUUUAUUGCUAAAGAAAUCAAAACUUUUUGGACAAAUGUGGAAAAGUUGGUGGAAUAUAAGCAACAAACGAGGCUUGAAGAAAAGAGAAAGCAGGCAUUAGAUCAACAUUUAAAUUUUAUUGUGGGACAAACAGAGAAAUAUUCAACCUGGUUAACUGAAGGACUUAAUAAAACUGAUGGCCCUCAAAGUAUACCAGCCUCUAUGAAUAGUUCGCGUAUUUCUUCUCCAGUACCACCUGGGAAAUCUCAUUCUGAUGAGGAUUUUCAACCAAACCAAAGUUCAGAUGAUGAUGAAGAAACUAUAGCAAAAGCUGAAGAAGAAUUAAAGUCUGUGACAAAUCAUAAAGAAGAAGUUGAAUUGUUGAAGAAAGAGUCAGAAUUGCCCUUAGAAGAUCUUCUUAAAGAACUACCACCUGAUUACUUAGAAAACAGAAAUAAAAGUCUGUCACCUGCAUCAAAAGAAGUUGAAGAAGAAAACGAAAAGCCAACCGAUGGAGAUAUGGAUUUUGUUGCCGCAUCAGAUGAAUCUUCUGAUGAGGAGGAAACUAUUAUGGAACAAGAAAAAUUGGAAGAAAAUACGGAUUAUAAACAAGAAUUAGAUGAUCUUAAAAGUCGGAUAAAGAAAGCAUAAAAGAAGAAAAUCAAGAGAAUGAUGAGGAAUUUACAAGUAAUGAAAGUGAAAGUGAAGAAAGUGAUAAUGAAAUUGGAGAAGAGGAGUUCCAAACACAAACUGAUAAUGAAACUGAUAUUGGACUAAAAUCUCUAUUAGAAGAUGUAUCUAUGGAAAAAUCAUCAGACGAUAAAACUGCAGAAAUGGAUCAUUCAGAUGCUCACAAUGAAAUGGAUAAUGUAGCGGCAUUGGCAGAAAGUAUUCAACCUAAAGGAAAUACAUUACUUACUACUAGCGUUGUUACAAAAAUUCCAUUUCUUCUAAAACAUCCUCUUCGAGAAUACCAACAUAUAGGAUUGGACUGGCUUGUCACAAUGUACGAUAGGAAAUUAAAUGGUAUUUUGGCAGAUGAAAUGGGUUUAGGUAAAACCAUACAAACAAUUGCGUUACUCGCACAUUUAGCGUGUGAAAAAGGAAACUGGGGUCCUCAUCUUAUAAUAGUACCAACAUCUGUGAUGCUCAACUGGGAAAUGGAAUGCAAGAAAUGGUGCCCGGGAUUUAAGAUUUUGACGUAUUACGGAACACAAAAAGAAAGGAAACAAAAAAGAACAGGUUGGACUAAACCUAACGCUUUUCAUAUUUGCAUAACAUCAUAUAAAUUGGUUAUACAGGACCAUCAAAGUUUUAGAAGAAAAAAAUGGAAGUAUCUUAUAUUGGACGAAGCUCAAAAUAUAAAAAAUUUCAAAUCGCAAAGAUGGCAAUUAUUAUUAAAUUUUCAAACGCAACGACGAUUAUUGCUUACUGGAACACCUCUCCAGAAUAAUUUGAUGGAAUUGUGGUCAUUAAUGCAUUUUUUAAUGCCAAAUGUAUUUCAGUCACAUAGAGAAUUUAAAGAAUGGUUUAGUAAUCCUGUUACUGGAAUGAUAGAAGGGAACAGCGAAUACAAUGAAAAUAUUAUUCGUCGUCUGCAUAAGGUUUUACGGCCUUUUUUAUUACGAAGAUUAAAAACAGAAGUAGAAAAACAAUUACCCAAAAAAUAUGAGCACGUAGUAAUGUGCCGUUUGUCAAAACGACAGCGAUACCUUUAUGAUGAUUUUAUGUCAAGAGCAAAAACAAAGGAGACUCUAGCUAGUGGCAAUCUGUUAAGUGUCAUUAAUGUAUUAAUGCAAUUAAGGAAAGUAUGCAAUCACCCAAAUUUAUUUGAAGUGAGACCUACUGUAUCACCAUUUCAAAUGGAAGCUAUUGAAUAUAUUACUGCUUCGUUAAUAUGGAGUGUUCUUGAUUAUGAUCCAUUUAAGCAUAUCGAUCUAUCUAGUAUUAAUCUUUUAUUGUGUGAUCUGGAAUUAACUUUUACUGCGUUUGUGGCGCAUAGAAUCAGACGAUUGCAAACAACACGAAAGCUUAUAGAAGAAAUAGAUACACAACCAGAUCCACCUCCGAGAUGCCCAUCUGGAAAAAUUAAAAUUAAUGUUAGAUUAUCCAAUCAAGUUAAACCGUUAUCCGUUCCACGGCAGACACAAACUAAACUAAAAAAUUUAGCUGGAAUAUUACCUACUCCAAAAGUUGGAACAUCUCCUUUAAUAAAAACAGCAAAUAAUCAAAGCACUCCAGGACAAGCAAUUCCUGUUGGAACACUAGCACAUAACCCACAAAGUACAACAGUGACACCAACUGCAGCAGCAACGAAUGCACAGAGGAUUACAGUAGGGAAUACAAAUAUCAUAGAUGGACUGCAACGACUAGCAACGCAGACAGUUGCAGUUAAACAAGGUGAUUCCGUCCAAAGAAUAGCAAUGCCUAAUCUUGCACAAGUGGUUCAAACAUCUAUUGGUAGACAUAUCAUUCUGACUUCGACUCAACAAAGUACUAACACAGUUUCAUUUCCAGUAAUGACUCCAUGUGUGCCACGUUUAAAAGUUUUACCAAAAUCAUUAAUGGGCCUAUCUACCUCGGCAACUACAGUAAAUAAAGUUAUAGGAGGAGUGGUAACAACUACAAGUGGGACGAGUGGAAGACCUGUAAUGAGAGUACCGCCACUUAAUGUUACUACCUCUUCUAAUGUUACUGCACAGUCUCCCGCUGGGAAUGGACAAUCUCAGCAAUCGAUCCGAUGUGGUAUUGUUACUAGACACGCACAAAAGGAAUCAGAAAAGGCACAAACAAAAGAACGUCCAAAAUCGGAAUUUUAUUUGCCACAAUUAGAAGAAGAACGGAAACAAAGAAGGCAAGCUAAACUUCGUCUGCUUGCAAACAUUAAUGAAAGACGAUGUGCAGCAUGUCCUCUGUACGGAGAAGAUUUGUUUAUGGCAUUAAGAAUUGGCAAACCAUCUACAGCAUGUCGAUGGCACAAUGGCUGGGUUCAUUGUGCAACUGCUAAAGACAGUGCACGUACACGAAGGCAAUUUUUUUCUCGCACAGAAGCACUUGCAGAGGCAAUCAAAAGUACAGAAAAAAUUGUCGAGGAGUUGAAAGAAGUUUUUGAAAGAUUUGUUGUACACGUUCCUGCUGUGUGCGCUCCUACACCACGUUUUCACGUUUCUCAUCCACCUCCGCAUAAGUUAUACAACCAACGACGUGUGCAAAUGGAAUUACAACGGCAACUAUCGUCAAAAUGGGCAUUGUUCCAUCCAGUAGCUAGUGCAAUGAUGACGCAGUUUCCAGAUCCGAGAUUGAUACAAUACGAUUGUGGAAAAUUACAAUCUUUACAUCAACUUCUUAGAAAGCUCAAAUCUGAGAACCAUAGAGUUUUAAUUUUUACACAAAUGACAAGAAUGUUGGAUGUAUUAGAAGCCUUUCUUAAUUUUCAUGGACACAUAUAUUUACGUUUGGAUGGUACUACUAAAGUAGAUCAACGACAGGUUUUGAUGGAAAGAUUUAAUGGAGACAAACGAAUAUUUUGUUUCAUCUUAUCGACGAGAUCUGGAGGUGUAGGUGUCAAUCUUACAGGAGCAGAUACUGUUAUAUUUUAUGAUAGUGACUGGAAUCCCACAAUGGAUGCCCAAGCACAAGAUAGAUGCCACAGAAUAGGUCAAACACGAGAUGUACAUAUCUACAGGUUAGUAAGUGAAAAAACUGUAGAAGAAAAUAUUCUGAAAAAAGCCAAUCAGAAGAGACUACUUGGAGACUUAGCUAUCGAGGGUGGUAAUUUUACAACCGCUUAUUUCAAAAGUUCUACGAUUCAAGAUCUAUUUAAUAUUGAUCAAUCGGAUAACGACGCGACGACUCGAAUGGCUGAAGUAUUGGAUCAAAAUAGAGAUCGAGAGAAAUUCUUACAAAAGGAUAAUCAAAGUCAAACUUUAGACGACAAAGUAGCGAUAGGUGCGCUAGAAAGCGCUCUUGCUGCUGCUGAAGAAGAUCUUGAUGUCCAGGCUGCAAAGACUGCUAAAGCAGAAGCUGUUGCUGAUCUUGCAGAAUUUGACGAAAAUAUACCGUUAGAUGACGCAGACAGGGACGAUAUGCAAGUCAGCAAGGCUGAGCUUGAAGUACAAAACUUGGUAUCUCAGUUAACACCUAUAGAACGUUAUGCGAUGAAAUUUGUCGAAGAAUCAGAGGGUGCGUUUUCUGCGGCACAACUUGCAGCAGCUGAACGUGAACUCGAAGAACAGAAGAAAGAGUGGGAGUUAGAUCGAUUACGAGCGCUACGCGAGGAAGAAGAAAGACGAAUGCGGUUGGCUGAUGAUGACGAGAAACCUUUAACAUUUGGACGCGAGGAUGCGCAAAAUCAGGUUAAUAGUGCUAGUAAUUCUAAGAAAUUAGUCAAUAAGAAACUCCCACCGAAUAGGAGGAGGAAUUCGCGUAAGAAUAUUAGUAAAAGUGUUCAAGAAUCGGAAAGUGAAACUGAGACUACUACAGAAUCAGAAUCAGAAUCGCAAGAAGAUGUGGUAGAAGAUAGUCUUGACGAAGAAUCGAGUCAUACGGAAAGUCAAAGUCAAGGCGAUGAAGACGAGGAGGAGGAGACACACGAUCAGAAUGACUCUGAAAAAGGCGGGUAUCCCAAACGUAAAAAUCGUACUAAUAAAUCGUUUAGUCAAAAUCACUUCGAUUUGAAUAGUCCGCGAACGAGAUCUAGGGGAAAUGUUAAAAUUAAUUUGUGGACAUUGGACGUAAGUCCCAUCUUGCCUGGUAUAAAGCCAAAAUGCCGAGGUAGAGCCAGUAAUUUACGUAAACAGCGCGAGCUUGAAAUGAGAAUGAAAGCAGAGGAAAGUUUCAUUUUACCUAUGCCACCAAUUUCAAGUCCUAAGAAGUUAAAUAAUGCAAAUAUUUCGAAUAAAAUCGAUGAAGAAGAUAUUACAGAUCAAAAAGAUACGGUGAUCACACGUGAUUUAAAAUAUACUGAUACUGAACAAAAAAUAAUUCCGUCUGUUGACAAAGAACAAUUUGAAAAUGUUGAAAAUUGUAAAGUAAUUGCAAAUCAUUGUCCCACUGAAACUUCUUCGUCAAAUUCUAAUUAUAACAAAACUGUCGCAGAAGAAUCUAAUCCUGUCAUUUCUUUAGAUCUGCUAGAAACAGAAGCGUGUUCUCAAUCAGAUAAUUCAUCUGUUGUGUUGGAACAGUAUAAAGAUUCAAAAGAAGAUAUAAUUAACGAUAAAGUCGAUAGUGAAGCAACAUCGGAGUUGACUGAGAAUAUUUCACCCUCAGUAUACUUUACAGGAUCAAAUUGCAACGAUGAUUCCGAAAAUUCUAAUGCUGAUUUGAUUUCACAAGAUAGUAACUCUUAUUUGUCUGCAACAGAAUCAUCGAAUACAGUAAAAAGAGUUCCUGAUUCGAAAUGUUCGAAAAGUUCUAUGACUUUAGAAAUAGACGAAGAAAUUAAUAUAUCGGAAAACUCAUUGAUUGCUCCCCUAAAGAAUAAAAUGAUCGUUCAAGAUGCAGACGAAAGUAUUGUUGAAUCUACAACAAAUAAAUUACAUGAUUCUGUUUGUAAGAGUAAAAAUGUUUCAUCCAGUAUCGAUAAACUAGAUAUGAAAUUAGAAGAAGAGUCGCUUUCUAACGCGGAAUCGAAGAUAUUAGAAGAUAGUGAUGUGAAUACCAAGAACGAAUGCCAAGAUACAAAUGUUUCUGACGAUGAAUGUUGUGCAAAAAAUGAUGCGAGAGUACAGAGUCCCACCGAGAUAAAAGAAAACGUGGACGUAGACAAAAGAACAAACAAGAAACAACAUAAUGAAAAUAUUUCAAACUCAAAUUUGACAAAUAAGUCUGCUGAUGAUAACGAACCCACCUCUGUGAUAGAAUCAACGUCUAGUCAGGAAUCUAAUAGCAGCAAACAAGAAGAAAACUGUAUUAAAUUAGAUAAAUAUGUGCGCAAAGAUGACGAUACGAAAAUUCAAAUGACUUCAUCGAUACGAUGUAAUAAUCAUAGUUUUUCUUUAGAUGUCUUUGGUUUAGACGAAUCAAAUGGAUCUGAAUCUAACACAGAAAGUAAGGUGAAAUUUCGUAAACCAGAUACAAUACCUUGUGGAGUGACUACAAGAAGCGCAAAAGUAAAUAUUACCGUAGAAAGUUCUGAAAAUAAAAACUUGGAUACGCAGUCACCGUCGAUAUUACCUAGUGAAUCAAAAGAAAGUCAAGAAAGUGAAGUUUCCAAUUCAACUUCGAAUGUUUGUCGCAAAGAAGUUAAUAAAGUAACGCAGAUUCGAAGGCCCGACACACCUCGACCAACGAUAGAACAUGGUAGGAUUACAAGAUCAAGUGCAACAAGUGCUCGUUCAUUAACACCUCCACUGAGUACAAAAUCAGUGCAAAGAAGACGACCGGACACCCCUCUGCCAGAAUGUUUCAGAUCUUCUCCACGACCAGCAACAAGAUCUAUGUCGAAUUUCACUUCACUGUUAAGAAACGAAGAACAAACGUCGCAUGAAGUACCAUAUGAAAAACCUACGACACGUAGCUCCAAGUCUUUGGAUAAUGGUUUUCUGAAUCCAACUGUGUUUCGAAGGAGCAGUUCAAUACCGCCGAUGAAAUCGACGCCUGAAUCGAAAGACUCAGUAGCUAGUUCUGUGUCAACCAGGUCUAAAAAAAGUAGCGAAUCUACCAAUGCUAGUACAAAUACAGGUAAACGGCAACUAGACACACCUGUUCCUAUUUCUGAGCAAGGAUCGAGAGUCACUCGAUCUGGAUUGAAUUUUACGUUAAAUUCGGUGAAGAGCUCUAAUCAUGUGUCGAACAAAGGGAAUAAACACAUCCGGAAAAUAGAUUCUUCCGAUUCAAAAUUACAGGACGAUAGAGCUUCUGGUGUUUCGCCAGUAUCUGGAAAAACGGAAACAUUCAACACGGAUUCAAACGGAAACGCAGUUGUAUCAGACGCACAUUCGAAGCAAGAUAAUUCAACGUUAUCCUCUUUUAAUGAAAUUAACGAGAGACCGCAAAGAACCGCUAAAGUCGUUGCUAUACUUACACUGGAUACAAGGAGUAAUCAUACCAGUAAAGCUUCUAGCUCCGUUCACGCAAAAUCUUCUAAUUGCAAUUCGUCUGAUGCGAAAAAUAAUAAAAAAAACACCGAUUCUAAUUUCAAUUCUACGUCUGACUCGUCAGCGAAAAAUUGCGUUCUUCGAAUCUCAGAGGUUACUUCGCAUUGUAAAGUAGAUGGGUGGUGUGAUUCUGGAUUGGACGCUGGUUCUCGAGAUCGCGUCUCCUCCAAUGUAUUUUCCAACGUAGCAAGUACUUAUACCAAUUCCAAUAAAACAGGGAAGGCAUCAACUAUGAAUAAAGGCACAUCAUUGAAUUCUAAGCUUAAAACAGAUAAAGUUCCAUUACCCGUACAAUCAACGGUGAUAGCAUUGGUUGACUUGGAUAAUGAUCCUAACUACGAUUCAUCCGAUGGAUCGAAAAGGUUGAGAAGGAAGAUUAAACGAACUCGGUUGUCAUCAUUUGCAAAGCCGUUGAUAAGUGGAAAAACGAAUGAAUCACAAAUAACCGAUGUGUUAGACAAUGAAGAACAAAUACCGCCAAUGAAAAAGUCUAUUCGCUCUCAGCUUACUCCUCCUCCUCCUUCUUCGCAAACAACUCAACUGGAAAAACUAGGUAGCGGUACUAUAUCUUGAGUCUCGCUAAAACUUUAUCGCUGUAAUAUUUAGCAGCGUGUUUGUAUAAAUACUUCUCAUAGUAUAGACAUAAAUAUUGUCUUAAAUUACUACUACUUGGAAUGGCGUACGCGUAAGAGAAUCCAAGUUCUAAUUAUUUCUUAAUUUUCACAUGAUUCUUGUAUAUAAUCACAAAAAAUAAUGAUAAAUGAAGAUGUUUCUUUCGUUGUACUGAGAGUACACACGUGUAACAUUUUUAGCAUUGUAAAUUGUACUUUCUUGUAAAGAUUUCAGAUAUCUUUAAGUGACAUUGUAAUUUAUACUUGGUGAUAAAAAGAAAAAAAAAAGAGAAUGAUAAAGGAAGUAAAACAUCCGACUGUAUUAUAAUAGGAUAGAGGAGAAAAAGAUUCAUUACAGCUUAGUUUAUUAGUAUGCUAUAGAAGACCUGCUACGAUUUUGUAGCAAUUGGUAUAAACAAAAGAAAUAGGCAGUCAAGUCAGAGAUAAAAAAAAAUGGAAUUAAUACUGUGAACGCGUCGUACUUUGCUCCCGUGUAACGCCUUGUAUCAUAUACUUUGCAAGGUGGCGACCUGAUUACAUAUUAGACUUAAGGAAUUCUUCGUUUAAUGGUAUGCUAUACUGUAAUAUUUAAGUUGCGUGCCUGUAUUUUGUAUGAUCGAGUGAGUCCGAGGAAGGAAAUAAACAAAAUAUUCCUUGCUACGAAGAUCAUGUGUUUUCUUAUUUCUUGGUGCGGAUCCAAGUCUGUUCGAUCAAAGGUUCAGUUCCGUUUUGGUGUCAAAUUUUGCUCAGUGUGCUUGGUUAUACAUACUGAGAUCAUUGAGAGUAAUGAUCUCGCGAUGUUUUGGUGUGGCAAGGCUAUCAUGACCGCACAUUAAAGGAAAGUUUUUUUUUCUUUUUUUUUUU